AUACGUGGCGGUGGGGCCGGCAGCAGGUCUGCGCACCCGCGCGCUCGCGCGCGCCGGCGGUGGCGGCGGCUGUGUUCAAGGGCUUGAUAUCACUCAGAAAGGAAGCGUGGGUGGAGACGAACGGCGAUACCGGUCUGAAAGUCGGCCAUCUCUGCGGCCGGUGCGCGCUGGCUAGUGACGCGUUCUUGUAGGCUUCACCCUCGCCAGAGCACCCUGCUGGAAGGAGCGCCGCCGUCCGUGCAUGAAGGUGCGGUAGGCGCCCGCCAUGCCGCUGUCGCUGCGUCUGCCGCUGCGGCGCGUCGAGCUGGACGCGGCGCCGGUGGUGCGCAGCAUGGAGGAGGGCGACACGCGGCUGGGUCGCUCGCGGCUGAACGCCACCGUCCGGCUGCGCCACCUGCUGCACGGGUCAGAGCGCCGGCGCAAGGCCGACCAGGAGUUCAGCGCGGCGCAGUCCACCGGCUCCAUGGCCGACUUCGAGCUGCAGGAGCUGCAGGAGAUGCUGCAGGAGCAGCCGUCGGUCGGCGCCCGCCGUUGGGACAAGUUCCGCUCCCUCUGGCAGCCACAGGACCUGGAGAACAACCUGAAGCAAAUGCUGCGUCUGGCAGGCUGCUCGCUCCGGAUCUUGGAGGCGGUCAAGCAGGAGGACAAUGAACAGCUGAUGACGCUGUGCGCCGACGACGAACUGUCACUGGUCGAGGAGGAGGUCGGCAUGCUGGCCGGCUGCCUGUUCGGGCGGCCGAAGCUGGUGAAAAAGAUGUUGAAGAAAGGUGUGCUGGUGUCGUCAGCGGACACGGACGGCCGGUCGGCCCUUCACCUGGCCGCUUUCUCGGGCAACCUGGACACGGUUAAGUGCCUGGUGAAGUACGGCGCCAACGUGAACGCCUUGGACGGCCGGCAGUCGACGACGCCACUGAUCUGCGCGGCGGCGGUCAGCUCGGCUGACACGGUCGCCUUCCUGGUGGACAACGGCGCCGACGUCGACGCCGGCCUCGACCCGAGCGACGAGACGGCGCUGCACUACGCCGUGCGCGCCAACUCGUACACCUGCGCAGAGCUGCUGCUGAAGGCGGGCGCGCGCACGAGUGGCACCAACCCGCGCGGCGAGACGCCGCUGCACGUGGCCGCGGACUACGGCUUCGACCGCUGCAUGGGUCUGCUGCUCAAGCACGGAGCCAACGUGGACCUGGUGAGCGGCACCGGCAGCAAGACGGCGCUCCACCUGGCCGUCGAGGACGGCAGGGUGCAGUGCGCCAAGCUUCUGCGAGAGUUCGGCGCGCGGAUCGACCUGAAGACGAGCCGCGGCCAGACGGCUCUCCACCUGGCGGCCAAGGCGCAGUCCGUCGAACUGAUCGAGCUGCUGCUCUCCUGGGACGCAGACAUCAACGCCAGAGACAACGACCUGCGCACGCCGCUGCACUGCUCCAUCGGCAAGCAGUGCCGCUCGCUGGACACCAUCAAGGUCCUUGUCAACAACGGCGCCCUCAUCAAUGAGGGCGACAUCGCCGGCUACACGCCCCUUCACUUGGCAGCGAUAAACGAGUUCUCCAGCUGCGUGGAGUUGCUAAUGGACCAUGGCGGUGACGUAACCUUGCGCAACCGGGGCGGUGUGUCCUGCCUGCAGCUGAUCAAACACCGCACCCCGUCCGUGCUGACCAAUCUGCCCGACCGCUUCAGCAGGUCCAUCCUCUUCUACGAGCGCGAUAACAUACCCAACAACAAGUUUGCGGAGCUGAAGAUUUCUUUUAAUCCGCUGAUGUCUCAGGCAAAGGGUGAAUGCCACUUUCUGAAGGCGCUGAUCGACAUUGAUCAGAAACACCUGCUCAAACAUCCGCUGUGCGAAAGCUUCCUGCAUAUGAAAUGGAUGAAAGUGCGCAAAUUUCUGUUCUUCAACGUGUUUUAUUACCUGGUGUUUUGUAUUUUGCUGAGUGCGUAUGUCCUUGGCACCUGUCCCGGUGACUGCUUUAACGUAGGUCGAGGGUUGCAACUGGGACUGUGCUCAGGAAUCUCGUCGGAAGGGCUGGUGACUCUGCAUGCGAAGUGCCAUGGUUCUGAUCCGCCGCCCAUUCAACUGACGUGCUCCGCAAACAAAACCAAUGCCCCAACGAGGCUGGAUUUGUGUGACUGUGCCAAGUCCAGUUUUCAACUGCUGGCUGUGCAAAAGCCUUCGUUCUACACGGGCCUGUGGUACUUGCUCGUGGUCUUCGAUGUGACAUUAGUUUUCAAGGAGAUUUUUCAGCUCGUUCAGGAUCCUCCGCAGUACUUCCGCAAUCCAGAGAACCUGGCCGAGUGGGCGCUCAUGUUCUUUCUGCUGCUGAUCGGAACGCCAAUUUUCGGGGACAUAGCUCUCUGGCAAAAACAUUUGAGCGCUCUCGCCGUCCUCACCUGCUGGUUCGAGUUAAUGAUGCUGGUCGGUCGGCUUCCUCGGCUCGGCCUCUACAUCCACAUGUUCUCCAAGGUGCUCAAGGAAUUCUUCCAGUUCUUGCUGGCGUACUGUUCGCUGGCGAUCGGAUGUGCGGUGGCAUUCGUUGUCCUGUUCCAGCGAUACGACCCGCUGUCAGACCCUCUGAGGGCUGUACUUAAGAUUCUGGUUAUGAUGACCGGUGAGCUCGAGUUCGACGACAUGUUUUACUCGGAUGGCAACAGGGACUCGAUCCUGGAUCCUACCGCCUCACUGGUUUACACUGCCUUUAUCUUGGUGAUGACCAUCAUUCUCAUGAAUCUGCUAGUCGGCCUAGCCGUCAGUGACAUUCAGGGCCUACAGAGAACAGCUAAGCUCGGCCGGCUGGUGCGUCUCACCGAACAGAUAUCCCACAUCGAAGGUACGCUCUUUUCCAAUGUGAUUGCACGCCUACUGCCCAACAAGUUGCUGUCCUGGAUCGCCGAGAUGGCCCUCGUCUCGCCGUCCUCCUAUCGGUACACGAUGGUCCUUCGUCCGAAUGAUCCCAACGAUCGACGUUUGACGCGCGACAUCAUGAACGCGGCCUGCCGCGUGGCCGAGACGCGCAACAAGCAGGCACUCCGUCACGCGAAAUUCCGCCGCCAGAUUUCCACCGUGUCGUGCGAGUCGGACGUGAACCAGCCGGUCCAGGGCGGCGGGCCGCACGAGCGAGACGGUCUCGCCGUCACCGAGGACAUGAUCCGAGACGGAAAGCUGCAGGCGCUGGAGUCGCAGAUGGAGGUGGCGCAGUCGGCGUUGGGGGUCCUGCUCGCCGAGGUGCGCGCCGUCGCCAAGGUGCUGAACGCGCUCAGUGAGAGGCACGGGCUGCCGACGGUGCCGGUCAUCCACACGCCGACCGGUGUGAGGGUCCCACCGACGCAUGGGCGCGACAACGCGGCCUUUAGCCCCGAGGAGAGCCCCAACGUGCAACACAAGCCGGCCACGCCCUCUACGUCGAUGGAGAGCGAGGCUUGAUCACCGGGACUGGACGGCGUGGCGGAGGGGUGUCGCGCUGAUAGGACUGUACGUCCGGAGCGGGACGUUUGAACGCCCGGACGAGAUGUCUGCGAAUGACGAUGGUCGACCGUCGGAGGCGGACACCGCUGGGCAGUGACGAGCGUCCGUCGGGACUGGGGGACUGUGAGUCACGUGGUAGUCACGUGACGUCACCGGCCGAAAGGGUCGCGACCGUGCCUCCGAGAGUGUCGCGCAAUCUCCCCGGGGCUUUGCGGGUCUGCGUGAAAACGGCCGGCUCGGUUGCUUAGUUGCGCUUGUGCACAUGUACUUAAGGUUCUCGUUGAGGUGGUUUCGAAGAUGUCGACUCGGUCUGCAGUUUACAUCGCCUUUCCACCCGCGCAUGGUGCGUGCCUUAAGACUCGAUUAUGUGCCCAGUAUCACUUUCAGGAAUGUCGUAAGCUUCCCCGAAUGGAUGGCCGCUUGGCGUCGUUGUUGUUUUAUAUUGUUAAAGACGACGCACUCUGCAUGGGAAGUGUAUGUGCACGCCACGGUUUUAUCAUGACGUUGCGUUUUCCUUUCAGAGUAAGGCAUGCAGCACACAUGUGAGCCUCUGUUGCGCUUGCGGGAACACCCCGAUGUACUCAACCCGUAUGUGAUGAGCUGAAUAGACGAGCUGUGGCCUUCUU